CUUAGCUUCAACUCCACACUCUACACUCUGUAUUACACACUGCACCAUCUCUCUCAAUUCAAACAUCUAAAUCCAAACAAAACUUCCAAUUCAAAAAUCAAAAUCUAAGCAAAAUCACUGAAAAUGAAAUCGAAGAUCAAAUCAUCGAAGAACAAAAAGACUGAACCAGCAGCUGAGACGACGAUGUUUAUAAAGAAGAAACUCCGUUCAAAGCGACCUCGAAGAAGGCGUUCUCAGAUCGCUCCAUUUGUUCUCCAAAAGCGAACGACUCUCUCCGUUGAUUCCAGUUCCUGCUCUUACUUCGACGCCAAUGAAGUUUCUUGCAAUUCGAGCCGAGUUUCAACUCCGAAGAAGAGGAAGUUUGGUGAAAUCCAAGGUGGCUAUGGAGCUAAAAAUCAAGGAUAUGAUGAAAUUGGAGGUUCGCAGUUUAGGAGGAUCACGAGAUCGUAUUACAAGAAGGAAAGAGAAGCGAAAGGAAAUGAAGUCGAAGUGAGUGAAUCUUCUUGCGUUGAAUCCAAUUCUGGUGCUGAUUUUCGUGUUUUUGGUGAACCAAGUUCUAAGUUGAAGAGACGAAGCGAAUAUUUGAAGGAAAUUGAGAAAAACGACGCGGUUUCGGUUUCUCUGGAAGCCGUUACGCGAUCGGAUAUUUCAUGCGUCGAGCUGAUUCCUCAUGAAACCACAAAACUCUUAUCGGAGAAGAAAGAGAACGACCUCGUUUCGGUGACUUCCGGCUUUGAGUUUUGCUCAACUUCGAAGUUCGGCACUGCAUUAUUCAAAGAGAAUCUAAACGACGUCGUUGACUCCAAUUUCACCGUUUCGAACUCGGAGUCUGUUGUGGACCAAAAGCAGAAGAGCUUCUCCGGUUUAGAUUCUUCGCAACUCGCUUGUGACGAACAGUUCUCAUUUGAGAAAGUCGUCUCUGAUGACUCAUCGAGUCACGAGACUGCGUUUUCUGGGCUGCAAUCAGGUUUUUUCCCGGAAACUUCAGAUUUAGAUUUGUCAGAUUACACUCCUUCUCUUUUCUUCGAUUCUGGAAGCCAAUUCUCAGAGAAAUCGAGCAAUGACUCUCCUACUUCAUUGACUUACUCUCUUUUUCUCGAGUUCAAAGAACAAUUCUCUAGAUCAACCUCGCCUUUAGAUCCUAAAUUUGCCUCACGCGUUGAAGAUGAGCGUCAACUUAAUCAUACAUUGGUGACUUUUGAAGACGAAGAAGACGAGGAGACUUAUAAGAGGUUGAGGGAGAGAGAGAGAAGGCAAGUGUUUUUGCAUGAUUAUGCCGAGGAAUACCGAUUCGCGACUGACUACGGCGAUCUUAUUCUCCAACAACGUUCUUUCAUCGUCCGCUGGAUCGUUGAGCAAUGUACUGCAAAGGAUUUCCAGCAGGAGACAAUAUUCCUUGGAGUUUGCUUGCUUGACAGAUUCCUUAGUAAAGGAUACUUUAAAAGUAGAAGGAGUCUUCAGAUCGUUGGAAUAGCCUGUCUUGCGUUGGCCAUAAGAAUUGAAGAAAAUCAGCCGUAUAACAGUGUGCGGCAAAAGAAUUUUUGCAUGGGAAGCAACACGUACAGCAGAAAUGAAGUGGUGGCCAUGGAAUGGCUGGUGAUGGAGGUUCUCAACUUCCAAUGUUUCCUGCCUACCAUAUAUAACUUCCUGUGGUUCUACCUGAGAGCAGCCAAGGCUGAUGCAGAGGUCGAAAAGCGGGCCAAGUAUCUAGCAGUGCUUGCACUGUCAGACCACGAACAGCUGCGUUAUUGGCCAUCAACUGUUGCGGCCGGGGUCGUCAUAAUGGCUUCUAUGGAUGGCAAUCUACAUGCAUCAUAUCACCAAGUCAUUGAGAUUCAUAUGAGAACCAAAGAUAAUGAUUUGCCUGAAUGCAUGAUGAGCUUGGACUGGUUGGUACAGUAUGUAAACUAGCAUAACGGCAGAGAAAGGAACCUGAACAUCAUUUACCAUUACCACUUUUUCCUCCUCAACAAAAGCAUAUGGUUGGAAGCUAGGUGGCUGAGACCUUAGCAAAGCCCGAUCAACCAGCGGGUACAGGUAACAAAAUUUGCACCCUCCCCCGAAAACCAAAAAAUCGGGUAAUGGAAACAAUAUUCCUUUCCAACUUACUGUUGAAGGAUAGUUGUUGUAAGCUGUUCAUAAUUGUAGUGGAAGCUCAUGUGAAGUAAAAUACACAACUAUAUUUUUUCUGCAUGCUCAAUAACUGCAAAUGCAGUGUUGUGCUAAAAAACAUUUUGUCACUAUGCCUGCAAUGACAAAAUUAUAUAGCUGUAGCAAU